AGUCGAAGCGGUCGGAGGCCUUUACGGCUGUGGAAUGCCGGAAAGUGCGUGAGUGCAGCCGCCGGGACGUUUUAUUGUUUUCCAGAUCCCGGGGUCUGGAGGCGGUGAAGUAUGUUAUGUGUAAAAGUGGAUACUUUCCAUAAUAAAUGAAAAUGGCCAAUUCUUUAAGAGGAGAAGUACUGAAUCUUUAUAAAAAUCUGCUGUAUCUUGGGCGAGACUAUCCAAAAGGAGCAGACUAUUUUAAAAGGCGUCUGAAGAGUGUUUUCCUUAAAAACAAAGAUGUGAAGGACCCAGAGAAGAUCAAAGAGCUUAUUGGAUGGGGCGAAUUUGUAAUGAAAGAGCUAGAAGCCUUAUACUUCCUUAGGAAAUACAGAGCGAUGAAACAACGCUAUUACUCAGAUACCAACAAAACUAACUGAUCACUAUUACUAUAAUUUGACUGGAAUUCAAUGCCAGCUGUUUAUGUAUACCAGAUAUGAUAAAAGUAACUAACUUAAAAUGGCAAGAUUUACACGUCAUGUAAAAAAUGCCUGAGCUGCCUUAAUGAACUAAAAUAGGUUUCAACUUCUGUUCACAGAGCUUUAUCAGCAAUCCUUAAUGUUUAAUUUUUUUUUUUUUUAAAGAUUUUAUUUAUUUGAGACAGAGAGAAUGAGAGAGACAGAAAGCACAUGAGAGGGGGGAGGGUCAGAGGGAGAAGCAGGCUCCCUGCCGAGCAGGGAGCCCGAUGCGGGACUCGAUCCUGGGACUCCAGGAUCAUGACCUGAGCCAAAGGCAGUCGCUUAACCAACUGAGCCACCCAGGCGCCCUUUAAUGUUUAAUUUUUAUACAAAACCAGCAAUAUAGCCAACUACCAAUUAAAAAUUAAUGAGUACCCAAUUUUGAAUGAAAAUAUAAUGUACUUAAAAUAAUUUUAAUAAGUUUUUACCAAUUAUUCUUAGCCCAUUUCUCCAUUUUACUGACAAGAGAAUGCCAUUUAAUGCAUGUAACUAAGCAAAAUAAUUUAUUGCACAUUAAUUUUCCUUAACUUUUGAAGGAGUACCAUCUUAUUUCCUUAUUUUUGAACCUAUUUGAUACAUUAACAGCACACAUUCAAGGUUCACUACAAAACAAAUAGCACAUGGUAAUGAUUUAAGUGCAGUUACAGAAAUAAUAUGUAUGGAGUAAGAUUAUUUCUGAUCUUGAAGUAGGCUGCCAGUGACUGGCAUUAUAUACAUACCUAUUUAAUAUCUUCCAUUAUUAAUUUUGCUGCUGACUCCCUUUAGGUCUUAAAACAAGUCACCUGUUGUGUAUCAAUUACCUUUACUGAUAAAAAGUAAUAAAUAAUGUUAUUCUGUUCUUUCAUCAUAAAGGCAGAUCUGUUUUGCAUCUACUUCUUAAUGAGUUAACAUAGUAAACGGACCUAAAUCUAACAUGGUUUUAAGCAAACACUUAAACCUUUACAUAAUGUUCACAGCACCUUUCACAAAGAAUAUAUCUAACAUAUAAGCUGCAAAAGAUUCACUAAUAAUAGUGUCUGUGGCUUAUAAACUAUUCCAUAUCAAUUGUGGGGCAAAGGUUUCAAAUUUCAAGAAGUACACACUACCAGAGUCACCAUAACUAUUUUUAUUACAUUACAAUAAUUAGGAGCAGUACAGUUCAUGACAAAAAUAUUACAAAUUUCAGAUCACUUCACAGCACAUACUCCUAUAAACAUUUAAAAGUUAAUCUUAAUUAAAAGAGUGGUCAUUUUUAAAUUUAAUGUUUGAUAUGACCAACAUUCCUAGGUCAGCGCAACCAAAUGAUGGCAAACAACUGGAUCACACUGCAUAUGUCCCACAAAAAAAAGCACAAUGUACAAAAUGUGCAUGUUUCAGUUUACACUAUACAAAAAUAGUUAAAAUACAUUCCAGGUAAACAUGUUACAUUAAGAAAUAGUACUAGUAAGAAAUUGGCACUCAAAGGAAAAAUGCAAAAGUAUUUUCAACAUGAAAACACAAGACAGUGGAAUUGGAAACUUUUGGAUAAAACAUUACAUAACCCAUUUAGCUCUAUGGGGAGGGCGACGCUCUGUAAUGGACAUUUCUGUAAGUUAGAACUUUGUUUUUUUCCUAAAUUCAUCUAAAUUGCCUAUCAUCAUCCCAAACAGGCACUUAAAACUAUUAAACUAAAACAGUUAUUAAUCUAGUUAUGACUAUUCUUCAAGAACUGAUGUAAAUAUAUCUUUAGGAAGAAAUAAUUUUCAUUUUCUGAAGGAAUUUACAGCUACCAGUUGUAUGUUGUUCAGUUUCUCAAUGCAGAUUUCAUGCUACCCAACACUAAUACAGAAGUUAUUAAAUAUAAAUUCAGUUUUAAAGUAACUGAUGGUUUUUUAAAAACCAUUAAUACAGUUAUCAAGAAAUUACUUUUUGACAAUGGAAAUGACAGUUUUUAUUGCCUACCAAAAAAAAAAUGUGUAUUUAUUGUUUUGAAAAAAAUGGUUAGAAGAAAAAAAUCACUGGAACACAAAUGAGAUGAACUUGUGCAAACUGCAACCAAACAUGCCUCACAAAAGUUUCUAUAUAUAUUAGGACAAAAUUGUGCAAUGGUGGCAAAGAUUUUGAUAACCUGUAAGUUAGGUUUUAAAUUCCUAUGCAGUGUGACUCAGUUAAAAUAGAGCCUAGAAUUCCUAAUUGGUAAUAUUCACUCAAAUUAUACUACAUACUUCUGCUAUGUUCUUCCACAAACAUGUUAAUGUCUAAGACUAGGUAAUUUAGCAAUUUUUUCAACUCCAAGGAUUUUUAUCUUUAAGGCCGUAAUAAUUACAUAAUAUUUCUUUCUAGGAUUAUCGCUCCCCUUUUAAAAUCUCUACAAAAACAAACCUUUUGUCAAACCAUUCAAAAUUCACAUAAUAAAGGAUGAUUACCACUGCCUAAAAAAAGUUGCCCAGCUACAUCAAAAAAUUCAAGAGUCCUAAAAAUCCCUCAGUUAUGCACUGCAAUUCCUGAAGUAUGGCCAUUUCUUUCUCUUGUGUAGAAACAAGAGGAAGUACUAUAUAAAGUCUUAACACCCUAUCUAGAUAAUGUUCCAUAAACCUGUAGUUUAGCAUAGCAUUUCAGAAAUUGGACUGAAUUUUACACAGAAGUUUCCUUUUCUGUGAAUUAGUUCAGGCAUCUGUUUAUUCAUACCCAGAUAAAUAAAACUGUUUUUGAAUUCAAUAUUUAAGUCUAUUUUAAUUAUGAUACAAAGAGACCAACUAGAAUAUUACGCACUUGGGAAUUUUAAUGUUAUCAUCUGACAUACGAUUUAAUGUGUACUACAAUUGUCCCAAUAAAGUCACAUAAUUAUCCCAAAUAAAAAAUACAGUCACGUUUACUCCCUUAAAAUAAUGAAGUAAAGUGAUCUACAUAAAGUAGCUUGAUUAAACAGCUUUAUUGGAAUCAGAGCGAAACAAUUAUUUUAGAACUGGAAGAAACCUUAGAGACCAUAUCCCUUCUUUGCAAAACUAAAAUAUGCAUUAUCUUAUUUCUGGGUCAUGUGCCAAAUGCCUCACUAAGAUUACAGACCACUCUAAAAUAUCAGCACUACUUAAGGAUAGGAAUUAUGUCCCUUGUUGGGGAUACUGUAGGAUCCCCACUGCCUUGUGCAGUACCUGGCAUCCAAUAGGCACUCAAAUAUUUGCUGGAUAAAUGAAUUCUGCUUAAAAAGUAAGCUUUAUGAAUUAAAUUUUAAAGUAUUUUUCAUUGUAAGAAGAUUUUACUUACUAAAAUAAUGGAAUGUAUCACUGUUACCAGGUCUAGUCCUAGUUUUAGAUUAUCUAAGGAAUCUUUCAGUAUUUAUUAAUAUAAAUUUAUUAAAUUCUUCUACUGGAUAGGGUCUAUUCUUAGCAGGUAUGAAAAAUCCUACUUUUCCUACUUAGCCACUAGUCGACCAGGUAGCAAAGAGAUGAUGUUCAAAGGAUCAAAAUUAAAUUGCUCUAGCUACCACCUGAAAAUUAGCUAUUAGGUCAGAUCCUAUUACAGUAUCUGUCAGAUUAAGUUGAGCCUGAACAAUGUGACUUGGUGGGAAGCCUUCAUGGAGAUACCCAAAGCAGCAAUAAAUCUUGAGGUUAGGGGAAUUAGAAGAAAAGAAAGUCAUGUGGCAUGUAGAAGGGUAGGCAGGCAAGAUGACACUACUAUGGGAGAGGAGUACUGCUACUGGAGAACAGAUACUCAAAAAUAAACUUCACCUCUUGCACAACUUUGUCUAAGACUGGCGCUGAAGAUAACACAGGUAAAAAGUUACAGACUGUGCUGAGAUUGACAAACAGGUAUAUCCUUAUGUAAACUGAAUGUAAAUCACAUAGUUGUAAUGCUAGCUAAGCCUCUGAGAUGACUCCUUUUAACAUGAAGAAAUGGACAGUAAGUGAUUUGCCCAAAAUUGAAAUUGUAAAAGACAUGUAACUAGAAUCUAAGUCACCUUCCUCCUGGUCCAGUGAUAUUUUCACCUCAACACACCAUCUCACUUCAGAUAUUUAAAAAUACAUUUUAAAUGCACUGAAAGAAUCAUUGUUAUUAAUUUAUUAUUUAAGCAUUAGACAUUCUUAAAUAUGGACCACACUUGCAAAGUGUGUAUGAAAUGUUACUUUAGCCAGUGUUGAGAACUAGCCAAUACUAAAGAUUUUGAAACUUUUUCACUUCAUUGUUUAAAAAAAAAAAAAAAAAAUUAAAGUCUUGCCACCCCCUACCCCAAAAUCUUAAUUGAAAUAAUGUUUUUAAAAAGUUCUAUUGGUUGUUUUUUUUGUUUUUUUUUUUUUUAAACAAAAGUGAUGUUCCUGAUCUGUUAGCAGGACCACCACAUAGUGAGGAUGCAUCUUAUCCAAACUCUCCUCGUCCCCACUUCUGACCACCCAAUUCAUGACAACAGGGAGACCACAGGGAUGCCAGUCCAUACUAUGAAACUCUUAAUGAAGCUCAAAGGUUUACACCAGGCCUGGCCUUGCAACCUUGGUCUCUUUAACAUCUACUAAAGCUAACUGGCCCAAAUAAUCUUUAACGUCACUACCAGAAUUAAAACUAUUUUCUAAGACCAAAGAUCAAGAAAAGAUUUAAAGUUAUGCUAAGAAAGAGCAAUCUGACACAGGGAGACUGUAUUUAAUUCCUAUGGGAAUUUUUUAUACAUGUUAAAAUUUUUUCAAUUAAUACAAAAAUUUAGUAGCAUGUAAAUAUAGCCCCAAAAUGGUUGCUAUAAUCCUCAUUACAUACUGGGUCUGCCUUUACAGGAAAAGCUAUUCAGAGUAUUAUAGGAAUUUAUCUAAUAUGGAAAGUAAAUGCCUUUUAAUAUUUCCCAUUGCCUUGUAUUUUUUUUUCCAUUUUUUCCCUUUUUAUAGAAAAAAUAUAAUAUUUUUGGGAGCGUGACUAUGACAAAUAGCAGUGAAAGAUGGAGAAAACCUUGUGAACAGUGUAACUUUACAUUCAUUAAGGGUGACUGAAACUAUAGGACAUUAUACCUACAAGAUGAAUCUACAAGAAGCCCAUAAAUUCAUGUUCCCUCAAUGUUUCAGUAAAACCAAUCAUGAAAUCUCAACUGAAGUUAUAAUUAGUAAUUAAUCCAUGUAUGUGACUAGAUAAAACACAGAAUAGGGAUGAUUCGAAAGCUCAUUAAUUUGUUUCACAUCAAAGUUCACAAUUGGUUAAGAAAAAUAGGAAGUAAUCAACUGCAUGCACCAAAAACCCCGAGACCAAAAUCUCAGGUAUUCAGUUUCUUUUUCACAGGCAUUGCUAGUUCAAAAACCAAAACUCAGGGAAUACUGGCACUUAGAGGAAAAAAAGUUUCCACUGUCAUUUUAAAAUAAGCAUUCAAGAUAAAAGCUUAACAGUUCAGAUGGAGCAGAAAAUUAGGUAAUGCUAAAACAAAUGCUAAUAAUUUAGUGUAAUAUACAAAAAUUACCACUUUUACUUAAGUAUGCCUUAAGAAAAAAGUACAAAUUGUAUUUACAUAAUUAUACACUUUGUCUUUGACUUCUUUUUCUUCUUUUUACCAUCUUUGCUCAUCUUUUCUUUAUGUUUUCGAAUUUCUCGAACUAAUGUAUAGAAGGCAUCGUCAACACCCUGAAACACGUAACAAAUAUUAAAAUGUGAGUAUAUAUAAUGGAUUGAGGUAUACAGAUAACAGAAAGGAUAUAUAACUACUAGAAACACUAAUACUGAUAAAGAGUAAGGCCACUUUACAUUUUUCUUUAGGCAACUGAAUAUAUGUAUCAGACUUCUAUUCUUAUACUGUCUUCUUCAUGAAUAUUUCAUCAAUAUCAUAAAUAGGAACACUAACUUUCACAAAAGGCAAAGAAAAUCAAUGUACACAAUCUUAUAUAAACUGAACAAAUAACUUUUUCCCAGAACUUAACUUUGCUACUCAUUUUUCCAUAUUGGCAUACUUUGUCACCAAAAUCCAAAUGCACUUGUGUGUUUUUCUGUGUGUGAAUAUACAUUUACAUUUAAUUAUCCCAGAGUUUCUAGAUAUUAGAUAUAAGCCAUGCAAGUAUAUAUUAUUUUCAUAAAUAUUCAGUAACAAUAUUUGAGCUCUGGGUUCAAUACUUACUUAAAUCCAUUAGAUUUAAAUAAUCCCCAGGAAGUAAAUAUUCAAAUAUCCUUUCAGCUUUCAAAUAAUAUAUAUUAAGGCAUAGUUUCAAUUCAAUACUUAACAUAUAGAAACUUAAAGUUGAUUCCAAAGAUAAGAAACAAUAGUUCAAAAAAUGUAAUACUUCAGAAAUGUAGAGAAAUGAGCUAAAUCAUAUAAAUGGUGGUGUAGUUACCAAUCUGGAGUAGACUCUCUUUUAUUUAUUAUUGUUUUAGUUUCUGUUUAAUACAUUAUGUAUUCAAACGUUUGCCAUAAUAAGCCAAAUUGCUGUAUCUUCAAAGAAAUUUUCAUUUGGUCAUUUUGAUACAUCUAUUCCUGAUCAAAGCAAGGUGUAUAAGUAAGUAAUGGCUGAAAGUGAUUUCAAGUCAGAAUAAUUUUUAUCCUAAUAAUUCAUAAGGUAGAAAAUGGGACUCUGAAAGUGAGCAGAACAGAUUUUAACCCUGCAAUACUGAAAUUAUACAAGAAUACAGAAGUCAAUUCCUGUCAUGACCCCAUUAAAAAGCAAGUUAAAUAUAACAGCAAAAUAAAAAACUGAAGAAAACAAAAAAAAAUUCAAAAAGUAUGAUCCUCUAUGUAUUUUAAAAUCUGUUCAACGGAAAUAGUAAUUAUUUUUAAGCCUGUUAACCUAAUGAUGCUUUCAAACAGAGACACUAGAGGGAGUCCCAAGAACAAGUACCCAGCAAAUAAAGUUGUAUAAAUCAAGCUACUUUAAGAACAAUGAAAAUUGGGUUUUUACUCAUCUUAACCACUUCUGUUGAAUAUUCAUAUAAAUGCACUCAUUAAGUUAUAUUAUCUUGAACAUAAUUUAAAAUUUAAAAACUUAACAGUGAUAUGAUUUUUCCUUUACUACACUACUAAGAUCUUUUACAAUUAAUAUUUCAAAAUAAUAAAAUUAAUUCAGGGCAUUUUCAUUCCAGUUACAUUUAACUAAUUUCACAACAGAUCUAAAAAUCAGAAAAAUAUUAUCACUAAUUUUAAAGAAACACAGAGCAGGAAUGACAGGCUUGCUCAGGUUUAAAUAAAGAGUUGUAGGGGUGCCUGGGUGGCUCAGUUGAUUAAGCAACAGACUCUUGAUUCUGGUUCAGGUCAUGAUGUGGGGGUCACAAGAUCAAGCCCCACCAUGGGGUCCGCCCUGAGCGCAGAGUAUGCUUGAGAUUCUCUCUCUUCCUCUGCCUCUGCCCUUCCCCCCCCCACUCUCUCUCUCUCUCUCUCUCUCUCUCUCUCUCUAAGGGGCACCUGGGUGGCUCAGUAGGUUAAGCAUCCAACUCUUGAUUUCGGCUCAGGCCAUGAUCUCAGGGUCCUGGGAUCGAGUCCCACAUCGAGUUCUCCUCUCAACAGGGAGUCUGCUUGAGGAUUUCUCUCUCUCUCUCUCCCACUGCCCCUUCUCCCCAUUCUCUCUCUCUAAAAUAAAUAAAUCUUGAAAAAAAUAAAUCUUUUAAUAUGUAAAUAAAUAAAUAGUUCUGGAUAAAAACCAGAGUUUUUGUGUGAAGUCUAGUGGAAAAAGUCCCCAAUAAAACACUCAAACUACACUCAACUGAUGUUCUCCACUUUCUGAUAUCAUUCAUUACUGACACACAUAUGCUUUUUCUUUACCCAAAGGAGAGAGGAAAAGUGAUAAAAUAUAAUUUUCAGCAAUACAAUCAAGGCUUAAUUAUAUAAACCUUCAUGCUAACACUUUUAACACAUAAAAAGCAAAAACUUCCAAUGAUAUAAUAAAGAAUUAUUUUACAGCUCACCAACCCAACUAAUUUCUAACCAUAAAUCCUUAGAAUGGUAUGGAAUCUUAAAAGAGGAUCUAGUCCAACUCCCCCACCCUUCACAAAUUCCCUUUGAUCACACACACAAGCUUAUGUAGUCUACUCCACUUCAACUGCUUUUAUAAUGAAGGAAAAUGUAAA